AGCCAGGCGUCAAACAACUUUGUGUGAAAGCGAGCGCAGUACCAUGAAAAUCUGAGGCUUUCCGCGCUGAAUAAGUGAACCCCCCAAUUUUGUUAUCAUAGGCACUGCGUGGCAGUAACCAAAAGAGCACAGGCGUUUAUUUAUAGCCGUCAGUGAGUUCCCAUUAGUAGUGAGUGUCUGCCUUGCAUGCCCAGUUGCAAAAAACACAAGUCGACGAAUAUUUGGCCAAAUUGCGAGAAAUGGCAUUGCCAAUCUGAGGGGCAGGGGCAAAAGGUCCAGGUCCUCCCAAAGAACUAGCAUUCUCUCUCCGUACGCACGCAGAUUCAGAAACUGCCGAAGACGCUCGAUCUGGAUCGUGGAUCUGUAAAUACUUUCUCGUCGAGUCAGAUUCUCAGAACACCAUUGUUUACACUAUUCGAUUAUUGUUUAGAAAACAGCCACUUAUGCGAACCUGGCGGAUUGGCGUGGGGGGUCUGGCACAACAAACCUGAGUAUUCCCCUGCCAACAGCCUGCCCGUAAUCAAUUUCAUAUUUGAUUUUUCCUCUCUAUUGUCUCAGUCUCAGUGGGCCCCUCCUCCCAAAAAUCAGUUUUAUUUAAUUGUGCAUAUAAGAUUUCAAAAACAAAUGCCACCCCUAACCUGCUGGGGUCAUUGCUCUCAAGCAUCCAGCGCAGCGGGACAUGCGCAGUGUUCUCUUUGGUAGUUGCAGUUUGGCCAACAGCGACUGAAAGGGAAGGAGAGAACGCUAUGGCGUUUUCCCGCCACAACAUCGAGAAGCGCCGACUCAUCGAGCUAGUGCGCCUGAACCCCAUCCUUUGGGACUGCCGCCUCCCGCACUACAAGCGCUCUGACAAACGCAAGGCCAUAAAGUGGAACGAGUUGGGGCGGCUCUUCAACGUCAACGGGGAGCGGGUGCAGCGCACCUUUACAUCGCUCCGCGAAAUCUUCCGGCGCGAGCUGAACCAUGAGAAGAUGCUCGGCAGCUCGCGCUUCAAGUCCAAGUGGGAGUACUACGACGCCAUGGCCUUUCUCAAGGAGGUCAUUCGGGAGCGCAAAUCCCGCGAGAGGAUCAAACACGGCUCCUUAGAUCCCGUUCCUGCGACCACAGGUAACAGCAACAGCACCAACCACAACGUUAGCCGCAACAGCAGCAACAACAACAGCAGCAGUGCAGCCCUGGAUGAGUAUCAGUAUUUUGCCCCAAGCGACCCCAACAACCCGAACAACCAGCCCCAGCCACAGCCCACGUUGAAGAGCAGCCUUCCAGCAGUCAAUAUACCCAGUUUAAGUCUCAGCCUCAGCCAAUUGCCAGCUUCUCUGCAGCAGCAGGCUCAGCACCUUCAAGCCCUUCAGCUACAGCCGGAUGUGACGCUGACAUCGCUGCAGAAGCAGCCACUGUCCAAUUCACUUUGCCUGACCACGCCCACAGCGCUGGAACCUUCGCCCACCCAUGUACUGUCCAGCUCGCGCUCCUGUAGCUCUUCUCCUUCCAUUUACAUCAAGGACGAGCCGGGCUCUCCGGAUGUGGGGUGCCCAGAUGAAAGGGUGUCCGAAAAAGAACCAGAUGCGACGCAAAAGAAGCUGGCCACUAUUCGCCCGCAAACCAAACAGCAACUCAAGGCUCGGCUGCAGCUACCAACGCCCAAAACCUCAUCGUCUUACGCCACUUCGCCGCCCCAUUUGAUCAUCAAUGCCAACAAUGAGCUUAUCGACGCCGACGCCGGAGACCUGGAAGAGGAUCUGGACGACUUCGACGAGGAUGACGACGUGACCGGGCAUUGCUCGCCAGCCGUCGCCCAGUCUAACAUGAUGGGCGGCGAUGGCCGACUAUCGGCAGGAAGCAGCUACAUUGGAGAGAGCGGGGGCUGCGAAAGGGGCCUGGGUCGAUCACACACCCAAGCUCGCCACACCCCAACCUCCCGUGAAAUGCUCUACAUUAAAUUUGGGGACUUCCUCGCCGCAAGACUAAACACUUUGCAAGAGACUGUAGCUAAUGAGCUAAUGAACAAGAUGCUACUGCUGAUCGCCGAGAAGUGAGGUUAUCACCCGAGGACGUCUUGAAAUGAUGAAAUCUGAAAGCUGUAUCGCAUCGGCUGCGUCCCGUCAAAUAACGAAAUAAAUGCAUGAAUCAAGUCUGUAUUAUGUGCCAUAUAAGACAACUGUAAAACGUAUAGUCUAUCAUUAAAGUGUACGAAGUAGUUUAUAAAUCAAAACAGUUCAAAUACAACAAAAAAAAUUA